GCUCAACAGCUCAACUCCUCGUCUUGAGAGCAAAGCACAAGUUCGAUGAAAGUCUACUGGCAAAGGGAGCUCGGAUGCGACUUUGAUUUAUAUAUGAGCUAUCUUGACUGAACAACAUUGUCCACGACAGCCUUAGCCAAGAAAUCGGCUUCCUCGAAAGAUGCAUACCGACGCAUGGGAUGAGUCCUGCGACUGGCCUCGACGUCUCCUACAUGUACCAUCCAUGACUUCACAUACAUGGGAGCCAGGUAACACCUAUGGAGGCCAGCCUAACCCACCAUAUAAUGCCCUGUCAUAUACGUGGGGAAGAUGGGCGCUCAAAGAUCUUGAUAAUUCCGGCAUCGAUAGCCUUCGAAUAAGCGGUAUUCCUUGGCAAACGCCACGUGUCAGGCCGAGCCACUUUACUGUUGAAGAGCUACUGUUCACAAUCAAAGCCGCAAGUGUGGAGGCCGGGCCAUUCUCAACCGAUUUUCUAUGGCUCGAUGUUGCAUGCAUCGAUCAAAGACCGAAUUCGCGAGAGAAAGCUAGUGAGAUAGGCAGGCAGGGAAAGAUAUUCAAACGAGCGCACAAAGUUUACGCUUGGCUUACAUCUUUCGACACAAAUUCGUUCGACAAAUGGCUGAGUUGGAGCAUCGAGGGUCUUUUCAUACCCUACUUGCACGCUAGCCGAGCAAGCAUAGCACGGGGACAAGUUCUGGCUACUACUGACAUUCCGGAUAGCUUACUGGAAAAGAUAGAUGAGCACAUCCAAAGGCUUGCUCGAGACCCUUGGUGCACGUCUCUCUGGACAUUGCAAGAGGGGUUUCUUAGACCAGACGCUUUCCCGUUGCUCAAAACUCCUCCAGAUCCUGACAGAGUUUUCCCGGAUCUUCAACACUCAGUUGAUUGGAUCGGUCAUAUUAUUGCCGAUACUCAACGCACUGGCCUCUCUCGAAAUCAAAAGCUCAGAAAGAUCCAAAAGACAGCAUUAGAGCUUGGAUUUAUCGGAGCCGGUCAUGGUCUCAAGAGGGAAAUCCAGAGCCACCGCCCCCAAGUGCUGGGCCCAACAGAGAAUCCAUUCCAUCUUCUCGCAUGUAGCACCUCGAGAAAGACGUCCCGCGAAGAGGACCGUGUUUAUGGUAUUAUGCAAGUGUUUGAUUUUCGCCUUGGAAAAUCUGCACCGGAAGAAACGCGCAUCAAUUUUACGAUUCAGGAGCUCAGGCAGCAGCUCGAGGAUGCUUUAGUCGCGAAGUACCCUGUAGCUAGCCAGCUCGUGAUACAGCCUAGCGACUGCCGACUAGGUGAAGCCUGGAUGGUGCAACCAGGCGGAGUGGUGUCAACUUGUGGAGAAGCGUUCUGGCGAGCGGUACAAGACGCCAACACAGUGAAAGUCUUGACAAAAUUGAGCAUAAGGCUGUUCAACGAUCAGCGUUGGGGGUUUUUCCAGGGACCAGUCUCAUCUUUCUAUACUUUAUCGCAGCGCUUUGAUGUUGGGGUAGACCUCGAUCAACGAUGGCGCGAAGAGAUGCUGGAUACCGCAGGAAAUGGAAUGGCGAUCUCUGAGGGGAGAACUGAGGUGGUUUGGCCUUUUCAGGAUCGCUAUAUUCGGUCGUUCCCAUCGGUACUCGAAUUAAACAACCAACACGUCAGAGCCCGUGCGACUGUCUACAGCUGGGUCAACAAUAGAUUUCCGGAGCUUGAAGUAGCUUUGUUGGGUGUCACUGUGAUGGAAAUCUUAGGGGAUCGACUAUUGGCUACGGCUCAUGGCAUCUGUCUUGAACCUUUGGAUAGGAGAAUUAGCCCGGCCAGUUUUCAGCGUAUUGGGACGGCUAAUUUCAGUUUUGAGAUAGGUUGUGGGAGCAGAGCGGGCGACAUAGCACAAGAAAAUGAUAUUUACGUGUCAUCUAGUGUUGAUGAGGAAAUCCAUAAAUGCAUGGAGUUGGGUGAGGGUUUGUUUGGGUAGGACCUGGCUCUACCAGAUGGUCCUGGGAAUUUCGUUAUCACUUUGAUCAUACCCCGGAAUUGACUGAAACGGAUAAAUGAGACAAAGGGUUUAGCACUAAACGGGGUAAUGCCCUAGCAGCCAGGAGUGAGAUACAAAGAUGUUGAAUAUAAGAGCCAUCUUUGAGCGUCAAACAGAUACAAUGUUGUUGUCAGCCUCACUGUGACCCCGCCUCUCCUUGAGGUGUAAGACACGUGCUAUUAUCUUUUCCAGCGCA